AUGACUCUGGACGUCAUUGGCCUUGCAGGGUUUAAUUACAAGUUUGACGCGCUUAAAGGUGAUGCCAACAAGAACGAGCUCAACGAGGCUUUCUCCACCAUCUUUCGUUCGAGAACACGCAUGAACAUGCUAUUCAUGCUCAGGGGCUUAUUCCCGCCUCUCCGCUUUAUCCGAGCGGAGGGUGAUGCGGAUGCAAAUCGCGCUUCGCGUACCAUGGAUCGCAUUGGGAAAGAGCUCCUCUCAGAGAGUAAGACUGCUCUUGCUCACGGCGAGAAAAUGGAGAAGACUUCAUGGAAGUCUCGCGACUUGCUCAGCCUUUUACUGAGGGCCAAUAUGGCCACUGAUUUGCCGGAGAGCCAACGCAUGACGGACGAGGAUGUAUUGGCUCAGGUUCCAACAUUUUUGGUAGCUGGACACGAAACAACAAGCACAGCGACUACAUGGGCUCUUUACGCCUUGACUCAAGCCCCAGAAGCCCAAUCAAAGCUUCGGGAGGAACUUUUAACUGUUUCUACGGACAACCCAACGAUGGACGAUCUCAACGCGCUUCCAUAUCUUGACGCCGUUGUCCGUGAAACCCUCCGUGUGCACGCUCCAGUGCCAUCCACCAUGCGGAUUGCGAUGAAGGACGAUAUACUUCCUCUCUCAACCCCCUUUACAGAUAAAUACGGCGUCGAACACGACACCCUUCACGUUCGGAAAGGUCAAACUGUACUCAUUCCAAUUUUGCUGUUGAAUAGAUCUAAAAGCAUUUGGGGAGAAGAUUCGUUCGAGUUUAAGCCCGAACGAUGGCAAUCCACUCCUGAAGCCGCAACUCAUAUUCCUGGAGUGUGGGGUAACAUGCUUACAUUCCUUGGCGGACCUCGAGCUUGUAUCGGCUACCGAUUCUCCCUCGUCGAGAUGAAGGCGUUACUAUUCACAUUGAUCCGAGCAUUUGAGUUCGAACUUGCUGUCCCGCCCCAGGAUAUCGCCAAAAAGGCGGGUAUCGUCCAGCGACCAUUGGUUGUGACGGAGCCAAAUGCAGGAAAUCAGAUGCCUUUGCUCGUGAAGCCUUACAAUCAUUCUGGAUAA